AGAGAAAGGAAGUUCUUUCUAAUGUGCAUCUUUUUUGGUGAGGAGAAUCUUUUCAAGAAGUCCCCAGUAGAUAUCUUAUGUCUCUUUGGCCUGAGCUGGUUCAUCCUUACACGAAUUCCUGGUAAAAGGAAACAGGUUUAAUGUGGUUGGCUUUGAUAAGGCUUGCCUCAUCUUCUGGGACUGAGUCCUUUGCUACCUGAACAAAAUCAGGAUUCUGUUGGCAGGAAAGAAGGGGGAGUGGCUGCUGGUAGGCAACCAACAGUGUCUGCCACAGAUGGCAAAACACACAAACAAAUCCAGUAGCUAGUCUGUCUUAUAAUUUUUAAAAAAGGAAAACUAAAGUUGUUGACCACAUUAUCAAGGAAGAAUAAGGUAAAAUAAAGAAGGGAAUUUCAUGGUUUAAAUCACACCAAAUUUCUGCCUUGUCAAAGAGAAUAGCGCUGCUGAAAACUAGACUUCAUUAGGAAAAUAUAUAUAUGCUAACAAGUUAACCACUAAACGAAGAAAGAAGAGGAAUAUAAUUUCCAAGCCAGGAGGAAAAACAAGUGGUGGGAGUAAGGGUAGUGUGUCCAUCCAACAGAAGUCAGGAAAAGGAAAAAGAACUAAAGAAAAAUUAGUAAAGAGGAAACACAAAGAUAAAUGUAAGUCCAAAUACAUAAAGGUUUAUACUCAUGUGUUAAAUAGAAAAAACUACCUGGGGGAGGAUGUAGUUCAGUGAUAGAGUGCAUGCCUAGCAUGCACAGGGUCCUGGGUUCAAUCCCCAGUGCCUCCUUUAAAAAUAAUAAUAAUGAAUUAAUGAAUAAAACUAAUCACCCCCAUCCAAACUUAAAAAAAAAAAAAGAAAGAAAAGAAAAAACUACCAGACUGGAUAAAAUCCCUGGAGUGAUGAUCAUAGGCUGGAAGAAAUUUGUUAGCUCUUGCUUUCUGCUUUCCUGGCUGCUAACUCUGGUCAAUGGGACACAGAAACUUAACAGGAACAGCUCUGGCCUUCAUCACAUGGAUGGUUCUGUUCUUUAAACAAUUGUUUAUUCCUUGCCCUAUCUUUUCCCCUAUCCCCAACUAUUUCUGAUUGGCUUUGUCUGCCUUGCUACUGAGAUAGAGUUGUUUUUCUAGACUGCUUCCUGCCCACUGUAGAUAUGUAUAACAAAUUCCUGGGCUUUCCCCCCUUUAAGACACCAAAAAACCACACUGGGGCUCCUUUAGGGGGCAGGUGUGGAGUACAGCAGGGACCCCACAUCUCAGCUGUCCCCCUGUCCUAUCCCCUCCCCGUGCCUCACAGCCCAACAUCCCUCCCCUUAGAACCUAUUAGAGUUCAACAUCCAUUCUCUUGCGAUGAAGACUGAUGGUUUAUUUCUCUGAGAUUUCAUUGAAAGUUAGCCAGAGUGAUGAUCAUAGGCUGGAAGAAAUUUGUUAGCUCUUGCUUUCUGCUUUCCUGGCUGCUCACUCUGGGCAGCAUCAGAAGUACCGGAGCUGAGAUCUCAGGCUGGACAGUAAAUCAAAGUGAGGUAUCCUGCAGGAAAGCGGGAGCUCCCAAGGCAGAGGCUGCCAGAGGGGUUGUAAUUGGGAAGCGAGGAGGCCUUAGUCACUAGGAUAGCUAUGAGGGGUCUGUGCCAGAGGCUGGGCCAGCGUGUUGCAAUGCAGUGACUUCAGUUAGCCAGGCAUGCAGAGGUGAAGCAGCCAGUUCUCAGACACAUCAUGGAGUGCCUCUCUGGGCUUCAGCUGAAUGUGAGGGAGGGGCUGUCAGGUCUCUUCCUCCAGAUAUUGACUGACGACCUAGGGCAUCUUCUGCCAGGGUCAGCUGUUGCUGCACUCAGAAAGCAGGGAGUUUGCUGGGUUGCUCCGUUGGCAGGGUUCUGGGACACAGGGAACCCCAGUUAGUGAGAAAAGCCUCUCUGGAAGGCAGUGAGCACUUGUGGAAGGACCACUGGCCUUGGAGCCAUCAGACCUGGAAUAGUAUUAAAGCUCCGUCACUUACCGCCUGGCUGACCUCAUUCAGCUCAUCAUGGGACUUCUCUGCAUACCAAAUGAGAGGCUAUGCCUGCAAGUGCUCAGAAGCUCAUAAAGCAUCAUGCAAUGGUCAUGCUGCAGCAGCCUGGCGCCUGACUAGUGAGGGGAACCCGCCAGGGGAUUAUUGCUAGCUCGAGGCAGGACAGCAGCCUCACGGGAGCGGGGAUGGGCAGAGCAGCCUCCGAGCCCAAACCAGCAGCACCAAGAAGAAGGCCUGGGCCUUGGCCGGGAGCUCUGCACACACUUGCUCAGCUGACCCAGACAGCAUUCAAGGCAGCACCCUGCUGAGGAAUGGCUGUUCCCAGGCCUUAGAGGACCUCACAGCAGGAGCCGGAGCUCCGCCACCCCUACGCACCUACAGUUGGGGCUGUGACCCUCAGAGAAGGGGCCUGUGCCUUGGAUGGGAAGCAGAAAGGCAGAACCUAACACAAGGAGGUUCUUGGUCUCUGCAGAGCUUUCAGACAACCCCGGAGCUUCCUGGGUUUCUUCUCUCUGGAUUGGGACCUGGUUCCCUUCCCUCGCAGAGGGGUUGGGCCAACCAAGGUGGGGACGACUCUUGCAUGAAUUCCAGGCUGCUUGAAGCCCACAUGCUCUCUGCUGUGAUUGGGGUUCAAGGGCUUCCCUGCUGCAGGGGACGAGGGGCUGCCUCGGCAUCUGCUCAUGAACCACAAGGACCCCGAAUGCUCCAGACUGGAUCAUUUCAAGCUGCCAAAGAGGGGGACCCCUGGAGCUGGCAGCCAGCAACCCCAAGGGACUAGAGGGCUGGGAUGGACUGACCUCCCCGUCUCCAGGGCUCCAGGAGAAGCAGAGCCUCUGUGGCCCAGCUAGUGACAGAGAGACCCAAUGAAGCUAUAAGCAGGGCCUGGGUGGCUUAGGGACAGGCACUUUCUUGUGACAUUGGGAGAGGGCGUGGCUUGGGACCCUUGCCACUGUCCCCUCCUCGGCACGUGCCCUUAUGCCCUUUGCAUGUGUUUCCAGAACAAGCAGGGUACACUGUGGCUGGCCCAUCAUCGGACUGGGAAAGGACUGGCCACGGUGACACCCGCCUGACUGCUGGGCUGGGGGCCCAGUUCCCCGGGGCGCCGAACCAUGAAGUGCUCCCUGCGGGUGUGGUUCCUCUCCGUGGCCUUCCUGCUGGUGUUCAUCAUGUCCCUGCUCUUCACCUACUCCCACCACAGCAUGGCCACCCUGCCCUACCUGGACUCGGGCGCCCUGGGUGGGACCCACCGGGUGAAGCUUGUGCCUGGCUAUGCCGGCCUGCAGCGCCUCAGCAAGGAGGGGCUUGCAGGCAAGAGCUGUGCCUGCCCCCGCUGCAUGGGCGAUGCUGGUGCCUCCGACUGGUUUGAUAGCCACUUCAACAGCAACAUUUCCCCCGUCUGGACCCGAGAGAACAUGGAUCUGCCCCCGGAUGUCCAGAGGUGGUGGAUGAUGUUGCAGCCCCAGUUCAAGUCACACAACACCAACGAGGUGCUGGAGAAGCUAUUCCAGAUAGUACCAGGCGAGAACCCCUACCGUUUCCGGGACCCUCACCAGUGCCGGCGCUGUGCCGUGGUGGGGAACUCCGGCAACCUGCGAGGCUCUGGCUAUGGGCCAGAUGUAGAUGGACACAACUUCAUCAUGAGGAUGAAUCAGGCACCAACUGUGGGCUUUGAGCAGGAUGUCGGCAGUCGAACCACCCACCAUUUCAUGUACCCUGAGAGUGCCAAGAACCUGCCCGCCAACGUCAGCUUUGUGCUGGUGCCCUUCAAAGCCCUGGACCUACUGUGGAUCGCCAGUGCCCUGUCCACAGGGCAGAUCCGAUUCACUUAUGCCCCAGUGAAGUCCUUCCUUCGAGUGGACAAAGAAAAGGUCCAGAUCUACAACCCAGCCUUCUUCAAAUACAUCCACGACAGGUGGACAGAGCAUCACGGGCGGUACCCUUCCACUGGGAUGCUGGUACUCUUCUUUGCCCUGCAUGUGUGUGAUGAGGUGAACGUGUACGGGUUCGGGGCCGACAGCCGGGGCAACUGGCACCACUACUGGGAGAAUAACCGGUACGCGGGCGAGUUCCGGAAGACUGGCGUGCACGACGCCGACUUCGAGGCCCACAUCAUCGACAUGCUGGCCAAGGCCAGCAAGAUCGAGGUCUACCGAGGCAACUGAGCCCAGCCUUGCCGCGACUCUUCAGGCCCCGUUGCGAGGCGCCGGCGAGCGCCCCAGCGGGAACUCAGGGCCAGCCCAGGGGGCUGCAGCCUCGGCGCAGGCGUGGCGCCCCGUUGGGCGUUGGCAGGCAAUCGGGAGCGACGCCAGACGCGGUCUGGACCAAUCAAGCUGCAGUCCAGCGAGCGCUGGCUGUCCCUCGCCAAUCACAAGACUCUGGGGGCCAGCCUGGCACUAGCACCAAUCAGCGCUGCCGUUGGGCGGAGCCUCUUCCUCAGCCAAUUAUGCGACUCAAGGAGAACUUCCGGCGCUGGGCUCCGUCUCCUCCAAUCAAUGGCCUUUAGAAGUGGGCCGGCGGCCGCUCAGUCCCCAUUCCACUAUGCUUUUGGGUAGGGUUUCAUUUCACGCUUUCUGAGGAGUAGGAGUUGGGUGUGGCCGCGAGAAAUACUUUCUUUAGACUCGGCAGCAGGCGUCUCAGUCGCUUGCCAGCCUGGCCCCCCGUGGGGCGCCGUAAAGGAAACGCUGGGGAAGGCGCGGGGCAGCGGUGCCUCGGCCUCUCCUUCCCGGGGGGGGCCCUCGUGGCUUCGGGGCGGGCGGAGAUUUGUUUGCAGAGGCUUUCUGGUGGUCGAGGGGAGGUCGGGUGGUUUCCAGGGAGCGCAUUUUCCCCUAAGGGAAAAGCUAGAGCCCUCGCAAACCGCCCCGGACCUUCGAGAGAACUAGACCCCACAUUUCCUUUCUCGGUCAGGCCCAGAUGGGUAAGUGUAAACCCACCAAAGAAACGCGGUGACUCCAGUGGGCGCGUGGGUCCAGUUCUCCUCCACCUCCUCUCUCUCCCCUCCCGUCUUUGGCCACCCUAUGGAAUGGCCUUUCUGACCAUGGCAUUUAGCGUCUCACCAGAAAACUAGAAUUGUGUUCACCUCUUGCGGGGCAGGGGGGGAGGAAUUUGCCUAGGGCUUAACUCCGGAACGCAGGUGUAAGGAACAGGGCAGGGGAUGAGGAAGCCCUGUCACAUCAAAUGUAAGGUGCUUCUCACUCACGUGCACCUUUGGCCCUUACUGUUUCGCCCACAACCUUUCCAGUGUACGUACACACACACACACCCUCCACACACACACACAGUCCUUGGCUGGCUCUAAGGAGAGAGAGCAACACGUGGGAAAGAAGGCUGGAGAUGAGGAGCCCAGCUGUUUAAUCCUUCACCCGUUAUCCUAAAGAGGAGUAGGAAAUCUCUUGGGAGUGAAAUUUGCUUUGGGCUCAUAAUUUAGUUAACCUGAAAUUACCAAGAGUGGUUGACCAAUAAAAAUUCUUUUCAGAUUCUAAGCUGCCAUGCAAAUAGCGAAGGAGGAGUAGACUUGCCCCCUGCAUGCAUCUUCCCCUGCCCACACAUCCCCUCCUCCAUGCUCAGCUCCUGCCUUUUCCCCCUAACCCACUUUCCAUUUCCAGCUCUAGAAGGGCUGGGAAACUAACAACCAGAGGUUACAGCUGGCAGCUAUUUGCAUGACUGAACCCAGCUUAAGUCCCUAGAGGAAACUGCUGAAGGUAUUCUCACCUUUCAAGCUUGGGGAAGUGUAUGAGGUGGGAAAGUGCUUCUGUGAAGCUUCCAAACCACUAAAAAGGAUCCCCCUUCCAAACAGUGAUGAACACAAAAACCACCAUUUUUCUUAGUUGAUACUACCCAGCACCCUCCUGGACAUUGAUGUAAUUCCUACAGCUGGCUGGGGAAACCAAAACCUGCAGGGGAAUAUAUUGGAAGGUUAGGGUGGGGCAGUGGGCACCCCUAAAUAUUAAUAUAUUGAGGACUUAGCAUGAGGCUGUUCCUUCCCAAUUCCAAAAGUAGGAAGGGUUAAAAAUGGGGGUGGAUUUGGGGGCCUUUUAAUGGAACGCCUCUCUCAGGGCCUCCCCCACCAUUUCAGAGUCGAGGCCCCAGCCAUUCUUACCAGCCUCAUCUCAGUGCUUCCUGAAGAGGCUAUUUUGAGUGUUUAGAAGAUGAAAAAAACAAUGCAAUUAUGCCAAACAGAAUUGAGCAGAAUAAUUUAUUUCUUUUUUUGUUGUUGUUCCUUUUCUUUCUUUUUCUUUUCUUUUCUUUUCUUUCUUUCUUUUUUUUUUUUUGGUUUGGUUUUGUUUAAAACAUUAAUAAAUCCGCAUUCUGGAAGAGGUAGGUCCCAGCAUCCAGCCCAAAUCUCUUCUGCAAUAGUUAUUUAAACAAUUGUUUUUUUAUUUUAUUCCCUUUCUCUCUCUGAAUUAAAAAGAACACAAAAACUA